UAUUUCGACACCGAUCAUCAAUCUCGCAAUAUGGCUCCAGCAGGAGGUGGAAGCUCUUUUGAGCAAGUCGCUCUGCAGCGCCGUCUCGCACUUCAGGGAACCUCGGGUCCUGCAGCACUCGUGAAGAAUGCCAAAGUCUUCGGCAUCGCCUGCUUUGCAUGCUUGGGUGGACUGUUGUACGGCUACAACCAGGGCGUCUUCUCCGGCGUGUUGGCCAUGAAAUCGUUCGACAACCACAUGGGUGUCUGGGUCACCGACUCGACAAAGAAAGGAUGGCUCACGGCAAUCUUGGAACUAGGAGCUUGGGUCGGCUGUCUGUAUUCCGGGUUCGUCGCAGAGAUACUGAGCCGCAAGUAUGCGAUUCUCAUCAGCACCGGCAUCUUCAUCGUUGGCGUCAUCGUCCAGGUCACAUCUGUCACUGGAAGUGGUGCGAGCAGCAUUCUUGGUGGACGAUUCAUCACGGGUAUGGGCGUUGGCGCUUUGUCGAUGAUCGUGCCAAUGUAUAACGCGGAAGUGGCGCCUCCGGAAGUGAGAGGAGCUUUGAUCGGAUUGCAGCAGCUGGCCAUCACUACCGGAAUCAUGAUCUCCUUCUGGAUUGACUACGGCACCAACUACAUUGGUGGUACCGGCGAAGGUCAGCAUGACGCUGCUUGGCUUGUACCACUGUCGCUCCAGCUCGUUCCAGCGGUGCUUCUCGGAGUCGGAAUGAUCUUCAUGCCCUUCAGCCCACGAUGGCUGUGCCAUCACGGAAGGGAAGCCGAAGCCCGCAAGACACUCGCCAGCCUUCGAGACCUGCCAGAAGACCACGAACUCAUCGAGCUCGAAUUUCUGGAAAUCAAAGCCCAGUCCUUGUUCGAGAAACGGACCACCGCUGAGCGCUUUCCGCACUUGUCCGACGGAUCGGCAAUGUCCACCAUCAAACUGCAGUUCGUCGCUAUCGGCUCGCUUUUCCAGACAAAGCCUAUGUUCCGUCGUGUCUGUCUCGCUGUAUUCACCAUGCUGUUCCAGCAAUGGUCUGGCAUCAACGCGAUUCUGUACUACGCUCCUCAAAUCUUCAAAGGUCUUGGGCUGUCGGGCAACACCACUUCGCUGUUGGCAACAGGUGUGGUCGGUAUUGCGAUGUGGCUCGCCACGAUUCCAGCCGUCCUCUACGUCGACAAGGUUGGACGGAAGCCGAUUCUGAUAAGUGGAGCCAUCGGUAUGGCCACAUGCCACAUCAUCAUCGCAGUCAUCGUGGCCAAGAACCAGAACCAAUGGGAGACGCACUCGGGUGCUGGGUGGGCUGCGGUGACCAUGGUAUGGCUGUUUGUGGUAUUCUUCGGAUACAGCUGGGGUCCUUGCGCUUGGAUUGUCAUCGCAGAGAUCUGGCCAAUUUCCCAGCGGCCAUAUGGUAUCGCUCUUGGAGCUUCGUCAAACUGGAUGAAUAACUUCAUUGUUGGCCAGGUGACUCCCGACAUGCUAACCAAUAUCACCUAUGGAACCUAUCUCUUCUUCGGAAUCAUGACCUUUGGCGGAGCCGGAUUCAUCUGGUGGUUCUUCCCGGAGACCAAAAAUUUGUCCUUGGAAGAAAUGGACGUUCUCUUCGGAUCGCAUGGCGUCGCAAGAGCUGACACCGAGCGCAUGCACGAGAUCAACCGCGAGAUUGGACUCGAGGCAAUGAUUCGGGGCAAUAGUGUCAGUGAGCCGAAGCACGAGCACAUUGACGAGAAGGAUGGAGUCAAAUUUGAAGAAGGCGAGAGUCCAAGUCUGUAAGACCGUGGACAAGGUGUCUGUGGGAGCGUGAUCCUUCGUUAGGAUAGUUUGCAGUUGUGGCCGUCAUCUGCGAAGCGCGAUUAGCGAGCAGUGAAGUACAACGGAAUGCACUUGACUCGUGG